UGAAUCAUCGGGCCACACGUGUAUUCGGAGCAAGAAUGGGGUGCUGAAGUAUAAAAGUAAACAUACUCAGCAAGAUGUAACGUACGUAUCAAAAAUCCAUUAAUCUUGCUGAACCUCAUUCGUGACAUACGAUGCUUUGCAAGGAUUUUUAUUUCCACUCCUUUUUCUUUGGUACGCGCAUGUUUUUCUCCAGCCGGCAUUUUCCCUUAGCUGUUUUUCAUCGUUUCAUUAUUUUGUAAUUUUCGAUGCUCAUUCAAGAAAAUUGUGGCUUUUUACGUAAAGAGAUUCAGGUUUGAUUUGGGAACCAUUGGGAAGAAAAAAUUCUCAAAGCCUUUUAUCUAGGCCUGGUCAUCUAAGAAAGAGCGGCCGGCGGCUCGCCACUGUCUAUUUCGAAAGCCUCUUUACAAUCUUGUGUGGGCCAUCUAACUGAUAGUUGCAUAAAGGGCUAAAAAUAUCAAAACCUUUUCUAAACAAUAAUAUAUCUAUUCCUUUUCUAAUACUUACCUUGUUUAUUUAAUGGUAACUGAAGUUGUAUCUUUACUUCUUAGUUUGUAUAAAUAUAUUUGUUGAAAUAAGUAAAAUACGUAGAAACUGACAAUACUUGUGGCAAUAAGUUAUCAAACUACGAUUGAUAGUAGGUAGAUAAAUUAACAAAUUCCUAUACAUUGUACAAUCUGCCUUCGUAACUUAAAUUAUGACUCGAACCGUUUGUGCCAUAUUUUAUUAAACCAGCAUUCGAACUUGGGCAGUAAGAAUGAUUUGUGAUAAGUUAUUAAUCUCCAGCAUAAGGCGGCAGCAUUAUUAUCAUAUCUCACAAAUUAAUCAUGCCCCACUAAGGCCGAAAGCGAAGACGGAAAUAUUUUCUUUUAUCUUUUUCCCGCUGAAGCUGAAGUGAAAAAGGGACUUCAUAACAAGCGUCUAAUAACCGGAUUCUUAAUAAAUGCAAACACCCGCGAUCCAUGAUCUAAUUUUGAUGUUUCAAAUGUCUAUAUUUGCUAGACUAUAACCUCAACCACUGCGCAUCGCGGCGCUACGAGAGCUGUAGCGAGCGAACCAGUUUUCCGUAGUCGCUCUAACCGGAGCUACGUCGCUACGGCGAAGGGCGCGCUUUCGAUUCCAAAUUUAAAAUCUGAACCGUGGCUUAAAGUGCGUUCCGAAUUUGUCCAUUUGUGAUUUGUUUUCUUGUUAUAUUUUUUUUCUUGUGUGCCAGUGUUUUUUUAGUCUUUGACAGUUGUGUGAAAAAUACUUGAGAGGCUUCGCGAAUAGGAGAGUGGGAUGUAAGACGAAGCGGGCGAGCAAUGACAAAAAACAAAAGACGGAACUGUUCGAAAAGUAAACUUUCGAAUCUAACCGGCCAGUGAGUCUGACAGUUGUGCAAAGGAGGUGCGAGCGAAAAAGUUUCAAUAUGGCGUGUCCGUUCCGUCGCGCGGCGUCGCAGCAACAGUUCUCCAAGGGUGGCGCUUCCGGUGCCCAGAAACCGGAAAUGCGGUCGCGCCAGUCGUCGGUCCACCUGCCCGGGCCGGAAGAAGAGGAUAGCGAUAGGAACACUCUCACGCUAAAGCACUUGAGUGAGGCGCUGAAACUACUUACUGCGCCGUCGCACGAGUGUCUCCACGCGGCCGUGACGUCAUUAACGCGGAACGAGGGCGAGCAUUACGACAGCUACAAUUGCCUGAAAAAAUUACCUGACGACGUGAAAAACUGCAGAAACUACGCAUAUUUACAAGAAAUAUACGACGCCGUCCGGUCCACUGAUAGUAGCCGCACAAAAGAGUUCAUGGCAAAACUGGGGGAGUACCUCAUACUGACAGCCUUCUCCCACAACUGCCGCCUCGAGAGGGCCUUCAAAUGUUUAGGGACCAAUCUGACAGAAUUCCUCAUGACACUAGACAGUGUGCACGAUGUUUUACACGACCAAGACGACCAGCAAAAAGACGAACAAACAGAAUACGAGGCGGCAUUUGUUUGCACCACGUCGCGGGAAGGCAAGCUCGAACUACAUUUCACGACGGAGAGCGAGCCGGUCGCGUACCUCCUUGUGGGAUGCCUGAGGGCCGUCGCUGUCAGGCUGUAUGAGACGCAGACCGAUAUAAGACUGAUGAGCUACACUGAUGAUCCUAGGAAAUUCAGGUACGAAAUAAACGCGGUGUCAAUAAACCAGCGUGCCAGUGAAGAGGAUAGUGACGACGACGGCGAGACUGUCCACACCACUGUCCACGCGUCGUCCACCAACGUGGCCGACCUCAAGAUAGGUGUGGCCAGCUUCUGCAAGGCUUUCCCCUGGCAUUUCGUCACAGACAAAAGACUUGAGCUCGUCCAAUUGGGAGGAGGUUUCAUGCGGCUGUUCGGCGCGGAGCUGGCCAAUCACGGCUCGGCUCUCGGGACCUACUUCAGGCUGCUGCGACCCCGGGGGGUUCCCUUGGACUACCGCGAGAUUCUGAAGCGACUGAACACACCCUUCAUGUUUAGUCUGAAAAUGCCCGGGUCUGCUGAGGGCUUAGAGAUCAAAGGGCAGAUGGUGUUCUGCAAGGAGUCAGACUCGCUCCUGUUUGUUGGCUCGCCGUUCCUCCACGGACUCGAAGGGUUGACUGGAAGAGGUCUCUUCAUAUCAGACAUCCCCCUGCAUGACGCCACGAGGGAUGUUAUCCUAGUCGGCGAGCAGGCGAGGGCUCAAGACGGCCUGAGAAGAAGAAUGGACAAGCUGAAGAACUCGAUAGAGGAAGCGAGCAAGGCUGUGGACAAAGAGAGAGAGAAGAACGUCAGUCUGCUCCACCUCAUAUUCCCGCCGCACAUCGCGAAGAGACUGUGGCUAGGAGAGAAGAUCGAAGCCAAGAGCCACGAUGACGUCACGAUGCUGUUCAGCGACAUCGUUGGCUUCACGUCGAUCUGCGCCACCACCACGCCCAUGAAGGUCAUCGAGAUGCUGGAGAACUUGUACAGCGUUUUCGACAUCUUCUGUGAGGAAUUGGACGUUUAUAAGGUGGAGACAAUAGGAGACGCAUACUGCGUGGCGAGCGGGCUGCAUCGUAAGAUCGACACACACGCGCCACAGAUCGCGUGGAUGGCACUCCGGAUGGUGGAGACGUGCGCGCAACACUUGACGCAUGAGGGGAACCCUAUCAAGAUGCGGAUAGGCCUCCACACGGGCACAGUGCUAGCCGGGGUGGUCGGCAAGACGAUGCUGAAGUACUGCCUGUUCGGGCACAACGUCACGCUCGCCAACAAGUUCGAGUCCGGCUCCGAGCCGCUCAUGAUCAACGUCAGCCCCACCACCUACGAGUGGCUAAUGAAAUUCCCCGGCUUCGAUAUGGAACCUCGCGAGAGGGCGUGCCUCCCCAACUCAUUCCCCAAGGAUAUCCCGGGAACCUGCCACUUUUUGCAUAAGUACACACACCCGGGGACGAAUCCUGAUGCUUCACAGGUAAAACACAUAGAAGCAGCCCUAAAGGACUACAAGAUUGGCCAACUGCUGCCUGGCGAGGUGGACUGCGAGGAACCCACUUAGUGUUUGGGGAACCCCCACCCCUCCCCCCCCUCGUCCCCUUUUAUAAAGUUUUGUAAAUACGUCGUUAGGAACACUGUGGAACUUUUUAAGAAACAGUGACUUGUGUGAAGUUGCCGCAGCAAGCGUGAUUAUAAGUGCAGUGAGAAUUUAAGUGUUAUAACA